AUGACUCGGACGCACCCAACAACUGAAUUAACCGUACCACAAACACAAAAAGCUGCUAUCAUUGAAAAAUCGGGCGAUUCGGUAAAGAUCGUGGAGAAAUCGGUUGUACAGGCGUCUGAGCUCAAACCCGGAGAAGUGUUGGUCAAGGUGUUAUACUCCGGAGUUUGUCACACAGACGUUCACAUUGCAGAAGGUGCUUUGGGUGACCCUCCAAUCAAACCCCUGGUUGGCGGUCAUGAGGGUACAGGAGUUAUUGUCGCGAUCGGAGAGGGAACUCAAACACCGCUAAGUAUUGGACAAGCUGUUGGAAUCAACUGCACUCCCGUUACAUUUGGCGGCUCCAAUUCUUUGCGCAGGGACAUCCGUGCUCUUAAACAAUCGGACAUGGAGCCGGGGGACGUUGUAGUAAUCACAGGGGCGGGAGGCGGUUUAGGCCACCUGGCUGUUCAAUAUGCAAUCAACGCGUUUGGUCUACGAGUGAUUGCGAUCGAUACUGGGGACAACAAAAAGGAGCUUUGCCUGAAGUUGGGAGCUGAAAACUUCAUCGACUUUAAGAAGUCUGGCAACGUAGCAGAUGAAGUAAAACGAAUUACCGAUGGAGCAGGCGCGCAUGCCGUUCUAGUAACAAGCAGCGCAACCAAUGGAUACGAGGGCGUGCUGGAUUACCUACGCCCAUGCGGAAGGCUUCUGGCGCUCGGGGCUACUAUUGGGUGCAAAAUUGAUAUAGAUGUGAUAACUUGCAUUUCUCGCUCCAUCACUAUCAAGGGAAUGGUAAUCGGUAACCGAGCUAUCGCUCAUCAGGCUUUGGACAUCGCCGCGCGAGGGCGUGUGAAUACAGUUUGUCGCAUUGAGCCACUAGCUAAACUAUCUGAGAUAUUUGAGGAAUUGAAAUCUGGAACGCUAGCUGGCCGCGUUGUGCUGGAUUUGUGGGCAUAA